AUGAAGGGCAACAGCUUGACUUUGGAGAAUGCCUGCGCUCUCCCAAAUAAAGAUGAUAUGGAGGGCUAUAUCGCUAGAUUGGAAGCCACCUACAAGGAGGAAUUGAAAGAUAUAAAAACAGACAUUUCCUAUAUAGGAGAGCGUGUAAAUGGGCUGGAGGAAAAUUUGGACAUUUGUAUCUCCAGAUUGGAAAUACAACAACAAGGUAUAAAUGCUCAUUCAGAGUUGAUGCAGGACAUGAUGUAUAAAGUAGAUGACAUCGAAAAUAGAACUUCACUAACAACGAUCAUUGGAGAAGAUGGUGGACAAAUAAUUCUACCCUGCAGUACUGUGGGAGGCAACGUAACAAAAGUGGCCUGGUUUUUGGAGAAAUCUUCACAGGAAUUACUAAGCUGUGACAGAAAUGGUUCAUCAGAUUUCAGGUUCCUGAGGGACAAUGUGAGUUCUUCUCUUGUAAUAAGUAAUCUGCGUCUGGAAGAUGGAGGAAACUAUGGAUGCAGAGACUGUUCACAAACCUCAGAAUCUAAACCGCAUAUACAGCUAAAUGUCACAAGUGGCCCUCACAAUGUGACCUUCAGCAUAUCUCCCACCAACAUUUUGCCAAAUGGUACACUUUAUACAUCCUUCGGUUCUACUAUAAACUUCAGCUGCUCCACCAAUUCCAUUCCUAAGCCCAAGCUGGACGUGUUUCUCUAUGCUCCGGAUACAAAUCCUGAGAUGUUUCACAGUGUAAAUGAAAGUGUUAUUGACUUCUCUCUGUUCCACAUUGCUCCGAAUUAUGAAGGAAACUACACUUGUUCAGCAGAGAAUAUUGAAAGUGGUAGAACUGUCUCCUCUACUUUGCAGCUUCUGGUCUAUUAUGCACCAAACCACCCUAUACACUGCAGUGCUAACAACACAGAAAAACCCUCAGAAAUUGUAUUGCUAUGCACCUGGCCUGGAGGGCAUCCAGAUCCUGUACUGGAUUGGGAAAUAGAUGGCAAACCACUCUUUAAUGACACUUCAGGCAUGUUGGCGUCUUCAUUAAAUGGUUCUCAGUUCAGUGCUGGCCAAACACUUAAAUGCAGAGGAAAACACCGGAUAGGAAAAGACAUGAAACAAGAGUACUGUCAACUGCAAUUAAGUCCUCCUGUGCCACAGUCCCAACCCUUGAGAACCUGUCUGACAGGAGAAAAUGUGACACUCUCGUGCUCCGUAUCAGGUGCUAACCCCCCUGCUACAAUAACAUGGCUGCGUAACCUGAGCAUUCCUGAAGUGGAGAUCCAACCAGGGAAGAAAUACCAGAUCGUACAGGACAGUGGCGUCUCUUACCUCACCAUUGUGAACUGCUCUCAUGAUAGUGAUGAGGGAUAUUACAUCUGCAAAGGAGAGAACGGGCUUGCCACAAGAGACCUUUUUAUAUGGCUUUCAGUAAACAAGCCCCAUAAUAUCGUGGGACUUGUGUCUGCGAUCCUGAUCCUCUUUUUGCUGGUGGUAGGCCUUAUUACAGGCAUUAUAAUAUACUGUGAUCCUCGGGUCUAUUGGAAAGCAAACCUUUUCAGAUCUGGACAAUCUGAAGUCUUGGUUCUUGUGGAAUCAGAGGAGGAGGAGGAGGAUGACAUGGAACAAACAGGAAAUUCAGCUGAAAAUGGUCAUUAUUCAGAUACUGUUGCCAGAAGCCCUAACCCUCCAGCUGCAAAUGGAAAUAUCUAUAAACAUCAAGUGUUAUUUCACCAGCCGCCUGCUAGUAUCAGUUCUGACCUCGUAAGUGAAGUCUCAGAAGAAACAGAAAAUUUAACUCCAGGAGAAGAGCUUUAGAGUUUCUUGAUCUAUAUGUUAUCUCUAGAUCUUCCUAACUUGAAUUCAGGUUACACACAGCCUACUAGAGAACCUUGUAUCAGAGGCGCAACUUCUACAGUGCUGGCCCUGCUGCAGUGUAGUAACACAAGAACGUUUAUAUGGUCUAAGCUACAAGGGGAAGCUCCAUUAUAAUGAAUGUCUCAUACAGUGAUGUAUGUGUGUACAGCUGUAGCAGAUUAUUGGACAAAUUGAAGCAAGAUUGAAUUCAUGACAGCCAGCUGCAGUGUUAAGUGUAAACCAGGGAAAUGGUAAUCUGAAAGCAUAGAAUGGGAGCACAGCUGCUAUAAGCAGAAAUGGCGCUGUGUUCAUU